GCUAACUUUGCUGGGUUCCUCAUAGCAACUAUAGGCAGCAAGCCCCCCUAAUAAGUGAUCACAGAUGCAACGCACCAUACCCUAAAGGAUUCCCUCAAAGUUUCUUCAUUCAAUAUCCUCCUCCUCUCACAUAAACAACAAUGGGAGCAGAAAAUGCAUUCGCGUUCUUUCUUCUCCUUCUCCUUUUGAUCUCCUCAGGUACCAUGGCUUCAGCUGCCAUUCUUUCCUUUGAGAAUCAAUGCAGCUACACGGUGUGGCCUGCAAUUAUCUCUGGAAAUGGUCCCACCCUCGGGGAUGGCGGGUUUUCCUUGGCACCGGGAAAAUUGGUCCAGCUCAUUGCCGACCCCGGCUGGUCCGGCAGGGUCUGGGCCCGAACUGGGUGCAACUUUGACUCCUCAGGCAACGGUAAAUGCCUCACAGGUGAUUGUGGCUCGCUAAAUUGCAACGGAGACGGCCAGCCACCUGUCACAUUAGCCCAGAUCAUCAUCGCAUCGGGAACCACCGACAAUAGCUUCUAUGAUGUCAGCUUGGUCAACGGCUACAACGUUGGCAUGCGCAUCAAUGUCACCGGCAGAACAAAUGACUGCCAGUACGCAGGCUGCAUCAACGACUUGAACGGCAACUGUCCGCCGGAGUUGCAGGUGGUUGUUUCUGGCUCGGUGGUGGCGUGCAAGAGCGCAUGCGAGGCAUUCAAUGCGGCCCAGUUUUGUUGUGGAGACGACUACUCCACGCCACAAACUUGCUCGCCAACGCAGUACUCUGAACACUUCAAAAAAGCAUGUCCGAAUGCAUAUAGCUACCCUUACGAUGAUGUUUCAAGCCGUUUCACUUGCUCUGGGUCGAAUUACUCAAUCACGUUUUGCCCAACUGGAUAGUGAUCAUUAUUGACAGAUUCUAGGGGAGAUGCGAGCUGUGAAUGUUUCGUACAGGCAGAUACACUUCAUUUCUAGAAGAAAACAUUUGUGUAGGAGAGAAUAAGGCUUGAAAGACAUGGGAUGAUAUAUUACAACGCGAGUAUGAAGUUCGGAAAAGGGAAGAUAGAGAGAGAGAUAGUGACAAAUCUGAAAAAAGAAAAGAAAAAAUUAUUGUAUUUGUACUGGAUUGUCACAUUUGUAAUGGUGUUUACUUGGUUCGGAUAAAUUUCAUUUAAAAAGCACGUUGUAUGGAUUAGAUGGUUUUUGAAUGAAAACAACUUGUGCACUUCAAUCGACUUUGUAAACUUUAGGUGAAGUCUUUAUGUAGUUAUGUUGCUCGAUUAUGAUCAUAUACUCUAUAAUUCAUGAGAUUUUUCUUUUC